ACAUAUGAUCAUAUUAACAUUAAAACAUGUUUAUAGUGUGAGAAAAGAAUCGUUUAUAAAGAUCGUUUAUUGAUAUGCCUUGUGCGAAGUAUUUCCUUUUAUAAUUGUAAUAUAACUUAUUACAUUUCACACGAUUGUACUUGUUUAACCAGCGUGACAAUAAACAUCUUGAAUCUUGAAUCUAUCCUACUAUCAUCCUCAUCAUAGGCUGCUACAUUGCGCCCCUCUCGUGCGCCGCCUGUCCUUUAACUCCAUUAUUUCACACUGCAUUUUUUUCAGUCCAUCUCAUCGCGGAAGUCAGUGACGCACCACUACACACAGCUGCUCAGCGGGGGCAAUACAAUAAACAAGACGUCGUCAUUCGGUGCCAAACACAGCGGGCAGCGCAGGGAAGGUGUUGCAGUUCAGACCAUCAUGCCCUUUGCUCUGGCAGCAGGACAGGAAGUGUGUGUGUGAGCGACCCUGGUUGGCUCUGCUGGGAUGAACAUGCCACUGCACCAAAUCUCCGUCAUCCCCCGGGAUGUCACCUCAUCGCGGGUGUCAGGCAGUGGGAAAGCGAAGGACAAAGACAAGGACAAGCAGAAUGAAAAGCCUCUGGGUCAUUCUGCAAGCAGGUCCAGCAAUAUAUCAAAGGCUGGGAGCCCGACUUCAGUCAACGCUCCAUGCAGUUUCUCCAGGACAUCAGUUUCCCCCUCCAGCCAGGACAUCUGCAGCAGUCAGGAUCAGGACUGCCAGAAGCAGACUACAGUGGUUCUGUUGAAUUCAAACGGUAAAACCUGUCAUGGUUCAGGUGGUAUUUCAGUGACCACCCUCUGUACAGACGCCCUACCAGCCUCCAAACACGCCAAACAACGAGACUGGCUCUCCCUGCUCCGCCCCUCUGUCAACAUUCGCCCCGGCGGCUCGCUGAGGUUUUCUGCAUCUCUGAACGACGUGGGCCAACGCGUGGACAGUCUUUGUCGCGGUCUGCACUUUAUAGACCGCACCUGCUCCGAGGGAGAGCUGGAGCUGAAGCCCGAGCCCACUCAGCCACCCGGCUUGGAGCGAAGGGCGCACACACUCAACGGCAAGCUGGCUGCAGCACCCACACACCAGAACCCAAAUCCGGCCUUCUCAGCACGCACCCACCCCCACCUCAUCCCCUCCUUCACCAACAACUACAAAUACAUGUUGGGCAUCCCUCCCGCCAAUUGUCUCCCAUCUGACCCUGCCAUCAUUGCCCCUCCUCCUCCUCUUUCCAACACCCUCCUCCACCCUCAUCACUCUCCGAGUGCCAACUUCCUCCGUCUCCUCCUCCCCUUCUCUCGAUCCUCAACCUCGGCCAGCCUGCAGUGCUCCGAGCUGGGCAGCUACGCCUCUCACCUCCACGUCCCCAAGUCCUCUAGCGCCCUGCUGGAAGACAGUGAGUCAGGAUUCCCCGUCGAGGAGCUAGAUGACGACGUGUUUGAGGAGGACCAGCCCAGUCCAGCUCCAAGGAGAAUGGGCCAGCUGGCCACCCCAGAAACAGUCACCGUGGCUGGGACAGAUGCUCCUCAAGCCCCCCUGUGCUUUAUGGAUGAGGACAGCGACUUGGACUGCUGCCCAUCCCCUUUCUCUGGGCCACUGUCACCCUAUUCACUAUCUGGAGACUGGUGCAGGAUUUGUCACUGUGAAGGGGAUGACGAGAGUCCUCUGAUCACGCCAUGCCACUGCACGGGGAGCCUGCGCUUCGUCCACCAGUCCUGUCUACAGCAGUGGAUCAAGAGCUCCGACACUCGCUGCUGUGAGCUCUGUAAAUACGAGUUCAUCAUGGAGACCAAGCUCAAGCCGCUGCGCAAGUGGGAGAAGCUACAGAUGACGGCGAGCGAGAGGAGGAAGAUCAUGUGUUCGGUCUCCUUCCAUGUCAUCGCCAUCACCUGCGUGGUGUGGUCGCUCUACGUCCUCAUCGACAGAACAGCGGAGGAAAUCAGACAAGCCGGAAGAAUCCCAGGAAUCCUGGAAUGGCCUUUCUGGACCAAGCUGGUGGUGGUGGCCAUCGGCUUUACGGGUGGUCUGGUGUUCAUGUACGUCCAGUGCAAAGUCUACAUCCAUCUAUGGAGGAGACUCAAGGCUUACAACCGGGUCAUAUACGUCCAGAACCGGCCAGAGACAUGUAAAAAGCUGGUGCUGGAGAAGCCGCCUCUCAUCGAGCCCAGUAUGGAGAAUAAGGAGGUUCUGGCGCCCGCCCAGUCGGACACAAACUCCUCCCAGUACACAGAGACAGAGGACUACAGUAUGGAGGUGCUCCAUGUCUGACCACUCGGUCCAUGCCGUUGGUUGUCCUACUCAUACUACACAUACAAACGGGCCCACAGUGAAGAGCAGCCGCCAUGGAAAUGCUCGCUGAGGAACGACCACACACUCCCCUUCCUCUGAUCCCAGACUGACUCACUCUCCUCCUCUGGUCGUCUUAUAUUCCUAAAACUCCAUCCACACGGAGACAGACAGACCACGACUAUCUUCUUCUAUCCACAUUCCUCCCAUCGGACCUUACCCCUUCCCUCCACCUGCACCCUCAAUCCACACUCCCACCUCUCUCCUUUCCCAGGACCGGACUGGUUUUACGACUUCUGUAAAUGUCUGAAGAGGCCUGGAGCAUACCACUCUACACACACACACGCACGCACACACGCACACACAUUUGUAUGUACACCUCUGGGAGAGCAGGACUGAGACAAAUAGACUCACAAAUGGCUCCGGAGGUCGACACGUCUCUGAUUGCGUGGUUUCUUUGCUUGUGGGUUUGUUAGAUUUGUUCGUUUUUACCUCCUGUGAGUCUUGGGCUAACCUGCCGUGGAUCAGUAUGUAGCGCCGCGCGUCGGAUCUCUGGAACAUUCCGGCUACUGCCAUCUCUGCUGCUGCGGUCUGUCAGCUCCGAGCUGGUCUGGAUCCGACCAGGCCUUGAUUUGGACAUGCAUCGAAGCACUUUUGUUUUUUAGUUCCCACAACCAAUCCCCUCCCUUCCUCUUGCUCCUCUUAUUUUCUUUAAUAUGAAUUACGUCUUACUGUAUAUGUUGUACAUGGGGGAGAGCACAUUCGAACUUCGAACUCCUGUUUUAUUUGACAUUUCCUCAUACACACAUAUAUAUUAACCCUCCCAUGGAUGACAAAAAAGGAAUCGGGGGUUAAAAAAUGGAAUCAUGCUGAAAGAAAUAUUGAGUGUUUUAGUCAAAAUAGACAAAAAACGAGUUUUGAAUAUGACGUCAGGCUCAAAGCUCUAAUGCAGAUCAUGGAAAAUCCAGCCACAUGACUUCUCUACCCCAACAUGAACUUUCUGAAGGCUUUGAGAAUGUAAACUUUUUAAAAAAUGAUUAAAAAAUGAAUAAAAUAUGUGAAAAAAAAAGAAGAAAAACAAGAUUUUUUACCGGUCACAGGAAAUUGCGAGAUAAUUUCCAUGUCUUGAGAACAUUACGAGAGCCUUUGGGCAUGAACAGCGCCGCUCAUGUUUUUCUAUCAUGCGAAUGACACAGUAUUUACAGUGUGAUAUUCCAUGUGCAGUUUUUAAUAUGUUGAUUUGUUUGCUUGGUCACGGGAUACGCCCUGAGAAACCCACAGCUGCCUAUUUUCAGUCUGUCCUCCCAUCGCUCCCAUCGUGCAGGCGGUGCAUUGAUUGAUUCCAAAUAGUAGAAAGUUUGGAUUAAAUUGUGUGUUUGAAUUUGACUCCUCAAAAUAGUUCCUCUGCAGCACCUGCACAUUUACAAACCAUCCCUUCAGUUAAGUUCACACACUUCAGAGUACACGGUGAAAGAUCUGAUGUUUUGGACGUGAUCUUUGCCGAGCGUUUCAGAUGAGCACAAGUCUCAGUUUCAGCGAAAGUGUCUUGUUUCUUCUCGCCAGACUCUGAUCACAUGGCGGAGUGUACAUUUUAGUAUUUAAUCACAAGACAGCCAGCAUGUUGCUUCCCAUUUGAUUGAGUGCUCACGUUUUCUCACAUCUGGCCUUAUGUCGCUGAAAUGAGACAAAUUGACCCAAUACCUUUUUUUUCAUUUCUAAAAGGAAGCACAGUGAAGCACAGCUUGAAUACUGUAACUGCAUUAUUUCAGCAUUCAAGGUGAUUAUUAUAACAUUUUGGGUCGUUGCAUUCAUCAAUAUAAUCUGAUUAUUUUGCAAUAACAUCAAUGUAAUACAACCACAGAUUAUGUAGAUAUAGAUAUAUACAGUAUGCACCAUCUCUCAUUGAUGAGCUGACUGGUGCACCACCUGCUGGUGAGAAGCUGAAGGUGCAGUCUGAGUUUCAGGCAGCAGUUGAUUUCUCAGGGCGAUGUGUUUUGGGCUUACAGUCAUUGUAAGUGUUUUUGUGUAUGUGGGAGCACAGCGAUGCCGGGCUCAUGUUGAGCCUCACAGCCAUUCCAGCAACACACACAUUUUUAAAAACAACUGUCUUUGAUACCAGUAUACUGUCUGUGAACAACGAUGGUCCAACAACAUAUGUGACAAUUACUGCUCAGCAGCAGCAAUAAAUGAAAUCCGUGCUUUUGUUUUUCGCAACAAUCCAUACUGUACUUGUGUAUACGCCCCACGGUGACUUGAGAUCUGGAGUCUAACAUAAUUUUAAUACAUAAUAUGAGCCGAGGGAGUUGUUGUGUGUCAAGUUGGAUUAAGACCUAGUAACGAGAAGCUUCUCUGAAACUUUGAUUCCCCGCGAGGCUCAGUGCAAUUAGACAGAUAAAAAGUGCAAUUACCCUUUUGUUGAUAUUCUAUUCUAUAGUUAUGUAAUGGUGUUUAAUGUCCGGGGUGUCCUCUGGGUACAAAAUGAUUAUUUCUUCAUUUUGUGUUGUAUUUAUUUUGAAAAGAAAACAGAGUACAAUUUGUUCAUUUAAAAAAAAAAAAAAAAAAAACUUUCAUAAGUAAUUUUAUGCAACUUACACUUUUUAUCCCAGACA